CUCCCCUUCGUUUUCCGGGCGCCUCAGCACUCCUCUCGAAAAAGUCUCCAUUUGCAAACCACAGCAAAAUACCCAUUCCUCCUCCUCAAUCUCCUCUCCCAAUUGCAAUUAAAAAUUGCAAUUGAUUUUUCCUUUUACCCUGGAGGAUCAAAUAUCCCUCUUUCAUAAUGUUUCGCAACGCCCUUAGACAGUCCACGCGCGCCGUGAGCGCAAUUUCUGCCUCGGGCAGAGUCGUUACGGCACGAAAUGCCGCACCCGCCAUUUUCAACGUACAGGCCCGAUCCUACGCCGACGCGAAAGCCUCACCCACCGAGGUCUCUUCUAUCCUCGAGCAAAGAAUUCGUGGUGUAUCAGAAGAAUCCAGCUUGGCUGAGACUGGUCGUGUUCUUUCCGUCGGUGAUGGUAUCGCGCGUGUGCACGGUAUGGCCAACGUCCAGGCCGAAGAGCUUGUUGAGUUCGCUUCCGGUGUGAAGGGAAUGUGCAUGAACUUGGAAGCUGGACAGGUCGGUGUUGUGCUUUUCGGUUCUGACCGUUUGGUCAAGGAGGGCGAGACCGUUAAGCGUACCGGAGCAAUUGUUGAUGUCCCCGUCGGCAUCGAAAUGCUUGGCCGUGUUGUUGAUGCCCUAGGUAACCCCAUCGACGGCAAGGGCCCUAUCAACACCAAGGAGAAGCGCCGAGCUCAGCUCAAGGCCCCCGGUAUCUUGCCUCGACGAUCCGUCAACCAGCCCGUGCAGACCGGCCUCAAGUCCGUCGACGCUAUGGUUCCCAUCGGUCGUGGACAGCGUGAGUUGAUCAUCGGUGACCGUCAGACUGGAAAGACUGCCGUCGCUCUCGAUGCCAUCCUCAACCAGAAGCGAUGGAACAGCGGCAACGACGAGACCAAGAAGCUGUACUGUAUUUACGUUGCCAUCGGCCAGAAGCGAUCUACCGUCGCCCAGCUUGUCAAGACUCUCGAGGAGAACGAUGCAAUGAAGUACUCGAUUGUAGUAGCUGCGACUGCCUCUGAAGCUGCUCCUCUGCAGUAUAUUGCUCCAUUUACUGUUUGCUCCUGUUUUUCCUUUCGCUAUUACAUCCGGGUUAUGCCUUCCCUUCCGGACAUGGACAGUACACAUUCGCCCUGGGUGCAAUGUCUUCUCGGGACAUGACUUGUCUUCCGGAUAGUACAACCCCGCCAUGGGUGUAACAUGUUCUCAGAACGUGCCUUCUCGCAGACAACACCCACCCACCAGGGUGCAAAAUGUUCUCAAGGCAUGCCUUCCGGGCAGGACGCACUUGCCAGGUUGCAAAAUGUUCUCAUGGUGCAAAAUGUUCUCAGGACGUGCCUUCUGGAAGUUGUUGACCUCGGGGGAGGGCGAUAUCUUUAAGGCCCAAGGGUUGUCCUGAACUCCAUCCUUUUUCACCUUUCAU